AUCAGUGGAAAUUGUGUGGUCAGUUAUGGUUGGCUAUGGCACUGCUGUCAGUUCGUGCAUGGAUUUGUGUAACGUUUUGUAUUUUUUGAUUACUGUCAACUGCUGAGAGAAUAUGAAUCUGUCCAAGCAUAUAAAACACUAGUAAACGGCUGAAGAGAUGUUUUUACUAACGGAAUCGAUUAAACAUAUCUAAAUAACAUUCCGUGUCGAUGCAUAAUGGAAGACUACGAGCUGCGUUGAGGUAUCGAGAUGUCUAAGCUCGCAAGCUUUUAUGGGCUGGUCGGCCUCGGAUCUCUAUGCUUGGUAUUUUUAUUCUUCAACCAAAGGUACGGCAGCCCAAUGAAACAUCGAAUACAGCCGAUAUUAGCUGUGGGACGAUCCUGGGAGGAUUUUGAAACAACACCAGAGCCCUAUGAAUUUGAGGAACCAGUAUCGAAUUCAGCUGUCGUCAAGGAACCUGACAAUUCGAUUGCCACCUUGAACGAAAUACACCAAGUCCUUAAUCUGCAACGAAGAAUGAUUCGCGACGAGAUGAUAGGUUACCAAUAUCCCAAUGGCAGAUACAACAAAAGUGCCAAAAAGCUUGACGAUUUGGUGAUGGAAAGAAAUGGAAACCCAAUCAGAAGUGUCAUUAUUACAACAUGGCGUAGUGGAAGUACGUUUCUCGGCGAUGUUCUCACCGCACAUCCCGGGGUCUUCUAUCACUAUGAACCGCUUUUAGAUUUUGAUAUUGUUCAAAUUCGAGGUCCUCCCUUGGCCAGCCAAGCUUUGACAAAUCUUAAGGCGCUACUGAACUGCGAAUACGAAGAUUUGGAUCACUAUAUACAAUUUGGAAGGGGCCAUUCUUGGCUUUUGAAUCAUAACUCACCACUGUGGAAGCAAUGCCAAGCUCACAGAAGAAUCUGUUAUAAUCACAGAUUCCUUAGCGGAAUGUGUAAACUUUUUCCAUUCCAGUCUAUGAAGCUUGUCCGACUCAGAUUACGUGUUGCACAAGAACUUCUUGCUGACGAAAAAUUAGCUGUAAGAUUGAUUCUCUUGGUAAGGGAUCCCCGUGGGACUCUCCAGUCGAGAAAACAUCGUUCUUUUUGCCGAGAAAGUCCGGACUGUUCAGACCCAAGUUUACUCUGUGCAGAUAUGGUGUCAGAUUACAACGCCGCGGUGGAAUUGCAGAGGAAAUAUCCCUCCACAUUUAGGGUGAUACGGUACGAAGAUCUGGCUGUUGAGCCGUAUAAACACGUGGAAGAACUUUUUAAAUUUUAUGGCCUCGACUUUCACCCGAGUGUGAAAAGGUUUUUAGACACUCAUACAAAAAAUGACGUCGGCGGUGUGUCCAGUACAUACAGAAAUUCGAAAGCGGCACCUUUUCACUGGAGGGCGGAUUUAGAAUUUGAAGAAGUCGAAGAAAUUCAACGAAAUUGUAUUGUGGCAAUGAGACACUGGGGUUACGUGCGAGCAAUCAACGCGUCUCAUCAAAGAGAAUUCAAUCCCAUAACAGACUAUGUACUACGUUUGUGACACACUGCGUCGGAGUCUGUAGCAAUAUCAGAAUGUUAUUUCAAAUUGAAUGUACAUCUCGAACGAGAGUUACAGAUUUAGCAGGUUAGUCAAAGUUAUUAAUAGCACCAAUUUCUUAUUAUUCAAAAUUUGACUACCGUACACACGUCCUUGUGGUUUCGUAAUGCGUGUACAUUAUCGUAUUACGAUACCUCAAAGAUUUAUUUUUCCAAAGGUAAAAGUAAAGAUAUAACUAAAAAAGAGAAAGAAAGAAAAUACACAAAAGAUGUGGGAAAACAAUGAAAGAAAAUAUGACAAUAUCAUGACACUUACAUACAGUCAAAUGAAUUUGUAAUUUUUAUUCAAUCAUGGUUCAACAAUGUGUAACUCACCUUUUACUUUUGGGAUCAUACGUAUCAUAGGUAUAUUAUUAUAUAAGCAGUAUUAUGGGCGAUUAUUUUUCCUGUACAUGUGAAUCUACUUUUUUCCAUGAACAAUUUUGCACCGUUAGAUUAAAACUCAAAGUCAAACUACGUAAAAGCUUUGAAAGUGCCCUUGCGUAUCAAGCCUUGCUACCAGUGUUUAUUAUCAGUAUUAUUCAUACAUUAUGGAGGAAAAAAAUAUGGAUCUCACGUGGCAAACAAGCACACACAAAAAGACACAAAUUUACGCGAUAAAGAUCAGGCGAUCUC